AUGCACACUACGCUCACACAUGCACUCUGCACUACUCUGCACACGUUUAAGCAUUUGAAGAUGAUGCGAUUGCUGCUUCUGUGUCUGCUGCUGCCAACCACCGCGGGUUAUUCAAUUAAGGAUGGGGAUGAACUCAACGGGUCUGGUGAUGAUCCAGACGACGAAGACUUGCUUGCUACCCCUGAACAUAAUGUAGCCGGGGAUCUUGGCAAAACAACAGGAGACGGCCAAGAAUCAGACCAGAUAACGCUGAUAAUCAUCGUUGUUGCCGUGGUGGCGGUGGCUCUUUCGAUUGUGGCUAUAAUUGCAAUUAUCUUAGUGAGAAGACACAGGAACAAACAGCAGCAGGGGAUUUACUCUGUUCCUAUCGACCAGGACAAGAAGGAUGCCGUUUAG